GACCAAAGAUGAGACAGAAGGUGACAUCUGUGCUGUGCAUUUAUGGGGCUCUGCAGUGCUUGGUAAUUCUGCCAGUGUCGCAGGCCACAUCCCUAGCAAAAGUCUCCAAAGACAAAGCAUCUAAUCCAGCUGUCAGCAUUGACUCUGAACAGGCCCAUGAUUUUCUGGCACAUGCACGCCCAAGGAGAACGGCUAACCCCAACUGGUAUCACAAAAAUCCAGACUUUCAGUCCUACUAUCGUUAUUACAGCAGUAUUGGGCACACUGAAGGGCUCUAUGAGAUAGACAGAAUUCGACUGCUUUAUCAGCAGAUGCGACAUCUGGAGCUCACGUAUGGCACUGAUGCAUCCAAAUACCAGAAUACCCUCGGUCUUCAACUAAAAUCGACGCCUCCACCCACAACCCAGCCUCCACUCCCUACUUUACCACCUGUCUCCAAGAUGGAAGUUAUGUACCUGUGUAAUUCAAAAGACCCCCAAUGCAAGCCACAUAUUGUGUACCUGCCCACUGGUGGUGUACCUGUACUUUGCGAUCCACGUUACCACCCAAACUGUAAACUCAGUCCUGUCCACGAGUCGCCCUCUCCCCCUGUAGCUGCCUCAGAGCCAGUGACAUCUGCCCCUCCACCACCACAAAAAUCCACUCCUCCACCACCCCCUCCUCCAGUGAUUAUAAAAGGAAUGGAUUACGACUGUGAUCCUUACUGGGACCCUGACUGCCUAAUCGACAACCCUCCCAGGCCAGUUAAGAUGAUCGAACCAUCACCAGCGCCUCCAGCUGAGAAGGUGAAAAAGGAAACGGGGAACAAAGUAAUCCUAAAUGGUCUGGUUCCAACCUAUGACCCAUAUGACUUCAUUCAAGAUUUAUAUGAUCCCUUCCGCCAUGCAGCUCCAGCUCCCUGAUUAAAAUUAAGUCAAAUCAGUCCAAAAAUAUUCAUCUUAAUAAUUGACCCCUACAUUCACGUUUUCUUAUCUAAUUGAUGUAA